AUGAAUAAUAUUGGAAUGGUUUUAGAUAGUUUUACUGUAAAACCAUUAGAUGUACUUAAUGGUUUUGCCUUUGAAUCCAAGAUGCAGAUCUUUGUGAAGACUUUGACUGGGAAGACCAUUACUUUGGAGGUAGAAAGUUCUGAUACAAUCGAUAAUGUCAAGACAAAAAUACAGGACAAGGAAGGAAUCCCACCAGAUCAGCAGAGGUUGAUCUUUGCUGGGAAGCAAUUGGAGGAUGGAAGGACCCUUGCUGACUACAACAUUCAGAAGGAAUCUACUCUUCAUCUUGUGUUGCGCCUUCGUGGUGGAUUUUUAAGUAUAUGA